CUUACAAUUAUUCACACACACACUAAUCAGUUUCUUAACGCAAAAGAGAAAGAAAGAAGAAGAUAAAAAGGUAUAUUUAUAACCGAUGUUCAAAAACCCUAAAUCGCGUUCUCAAAUCUGCCGCCGCCGCCAUCAUUGAUCCAGUUAUGGAUUCGAGUUACUCUGAUUCUCGUCCCAUGUUUGUGCAAUCACCUUAUGGUGGUUGGAAUCAAAACCAGAUGAUGGAUUCAACGGUUAAUCCAAUGAACAAUGAACAAGGGGACUUGCAUUCUCUAUCUGAAUCACAAUCACAAUCUUCUCAGCAGUUACAACAGCAGCCUUCAUUGAAAAGGCCAAGACUUGCUGAUGAUAACGUCUUUAACCUUCCGACUUCGUCUUUUCCUCCUCCUACUCCUACGAGUAGCAAUCCUUGGAUGGUUCCAUCGUUGAACCCUCCUCCUCCUGUGAACAAAGGGACGGCUAAUAUAUUCUACAAGACUAGAAUGUGUGCAAAAUUCAGGGCAGGGACUUGUAGGAAUGGAGAACUCUGCAAUUUUGCUCAUGGAAUUGAGGAUUUGAGGCAGCCUCCGUCUAAUUGGCAGGAGAUUGUUGGACCUCCUGCUCAAGAUAGGGACAGAGAGAGGGAGAGGGAGAGAGAGAGGGAGAGGGAGAGGGAAAGGGAAAGACCGGUUUUGGCGCCUGUUGGGAAUAAUAAUCGGGAAGAUGAUCAAAAGAUAAUCUUGAGGAUGAAGCUUUGCAGGAAGUUUUGUUUCGGGGAAGAGUGUCCUUAUGGGGACAGGUGCAAUUUCAUUCAUGAGGAACUAUCAAAGUUUCGUGAGGAUUCAGGGAAAUUGAGAGAGACCUCGGUUAUAAGUGUUGGUACAACUGCUGCUGAUCAACCAUCUGUUGAUAAUGGUACUGCUUUUAGUCAUAUGGAAGUAGUAAAUAGGCAAGGAAGCAUCCCGGUACCUGCACCUAUGAGCAAUGGUGGUGUUGUCAAGACUGUGUACUGGAAGACGAGGUUAUGCAUGAAGUUUGAGAUCACAGGUCAAUGCCCUUUUGGCGAUAAGUGUCACUUUGCUCAUGGACAAGCAGAGUUGCAUAACUCUGUUGGAAGGGUAGAAGGUGAAGCUGUGAACGCAGUAGCAUCCGUGAGUAAACAAACAGUGGUACCUGCGAAUGAAUCUUUUGCAAUGAAACCAACUGCACAAGUAAUAGCAGAUUCUUCUGGUCUAAACGAAGAAGGGCGGCGAAAGAAGUGUUUACUCAAGUGGAGCGACUCCAAGAAAAUUAACCGAAUCUAUGGAGACUGGAUCGAUGAUCUACCGGUGGGUCAAAAGUCGACGAAACCAGUAGAGAGCUGAGUUUUUAUAAGGCUGGUUCCAUUUGUCUUCCUUCUUUGUCUUUUGAAUGAUCAAAAGUGAUAAGCCUUUGGUCUAAAAUUUUGAAGAGUAGUAGAACACUCUCUCUUUUAUUUGAUUUCAUUUUAGCAAUUCUUUGAUUCGCUAUUAGUUUAGAAUUUCCCUUUUGUUGCAAUCUUUUUAUUACAUACACAAAAAGUGGCUUGGUUCACUAAUAGCAUCAUAUUCAUCUUAAUUUGUUUCCUUCCUUUGGCUUCGAAUUUGGUUAA